AUGCGUUCGUUAUGGGGUUUAAUUGCUGUGGUAGCAUUUGCAACUUUUUACUUAUGUUUACUCUCCACGUUCCUUCCACCGGUUCGGCACACACUCCACACAGACACCACUGAUCUGGAACACACAGCUAAGUCGCAGGAAGAAGAACUCAGACUGAAGUUCCCAUCUGACCUGGAGGAACUAAGGGAACUAGCUGACCUGCUAAAGUUCUAUAAAACAGAACACAUUGGCUAUGUCUUCAUCCUCUUCUGCAGUGCCUACCUGUACAAGCAAUCCUUUGCUAUCCCAGGCUCAUCAUUUUUGAACAUGCUGGCAGGGGCAUUGUUUGGACCAUGGGAUGGGCUCCUCAUUGCCUGCAUUUUGACCACAGUAGGUUCCACCAACUGCUACCUGCUUUCUCGCACAUUUGGCAAACGCCACAUUGUCAGGCUCUUCCCUGAAAAGGUGGCCAUGCUGCAGAAAAAGGUGGAAGAACACAGGAAUAGUUUGUUUUUUUUCUUGCUUUUUCUACGGUUCUUUCCCAUGACACCAAACUGGUUCUUGAACAUCACAUCCCCAAUCCUCAACAUCCCCAUCCAUAUAUUCUUCUUCUCAGUCCUCAUUGGUCUAAUACCCUACAACUUGAUCUGUGUUCGGACUGGAGCCAUCUUGUCAGAGAUCCACUCUUUGGAUGAUAUCUUUUCAUUGGCCACUUUGCUGCAACUUUUACUGAUGGCAUGUAUGGCUCUACUUCCUGGUGUUUUAAUACGCCACUACAGUAAAACCCACUUCAAUCUUGAUGGCCUGGAACCCAAUGGACACCAAAUGGUUCAUAAGUAUCGCAAAACCAGAUGA